AUGGCAAACGUUCAGAAAAAGGAAACGUUAGUCAUUGGAGGCAGAAAAUCCAAAUUGGCAGUGGCUCAAUCGUACUUGGUGAAAGAGUUGAUUGAAACUGAAUUCCCUCAUUACGAGUGUGAAGUUGUGAAGUUGUCAACUUUAGGUGACCAAUUUCAAUCACAGCCAUUGUAUUCAUUUGGUGGUAAAGCUGUAUGGACAAAAGAGUUGGAAGAUUUAUUGUACCAUGAAGAGGCUGAGAAGAGAAUCGACAUGAUUGUGCAUUCAUUAAAGGACGUGCCAACGUUGCUUCCUGAAGGGUUUGAAUUGGGGUGUAUCACUAAGAGAGUCAACCCAUACGACUGUUUAGUUAUGCCACUAAAUUCUAAAUAUAAAACCUUGGAAGAAUUACCAGCCGGUUCUGUUGUUGGUACUUCUUCGAUUAGAAGAAGUGCCCAACUUAAAAGAAAAUAUCCAUAUCUGAAAUUUGAGAGUGCGAGAGGUAAUAUCCAUACUAGACUUGCGAAAGUUGAUGAUGAGAACUCUCAUUUCUCAUGUAUAAUUAUUGCAGCUGCUGGUUUAAUGCGUACUGGUUUAGAACAUAGAAUAACUAAAUUAUUUGAUCGCUCUACAAUGUAUUAUGCAGUAGGUCAAGGUGCAUUAGGCGUUGAAAUUAGAUCUGACGAUGAGAAAAUUAAAAGCAUUUUGAAAAAAAUUGAAGACAAAGAGUCUACCAUACGUUGUUUAGCAGAAAGAUCGCUGUUAAGAACUUUAGAAGGUGGUUGCUCUGUCCCAGUCGGUGUAGAGACUUCUUACGAUGAUGCUACACAGCAUCUAUUAAUUAAGGGCAUCGUUGUCGAUGUUGAAGGUACGAAAGCCAUCGAAGAAGAAAUCACUAUGACCAUUAACGACAUCAAAUCCGACUCAAUGGAAGCCGGUAAGUUAUUAGCAUCCAAGAUGAUAAAAUCUGGCGCUAAGGAAAUAUUAGAUAGCAUUGUUUUAGACAAAAUUAACUAA